CACGAAGUCGCAGCGCAAUUUCUGCGUGGCAGCAGCAAUGUUUAACAGCACAGACUCACUGCCGAUAGCCCUCAUGCAGAGUUUAGUUCUUACAGUCAGUGACCUCAAAUGGACUUCGGAUGAUACCAUGGAAGCGAUGAUUGGGAGAGGAUUCGGAUAUAUGGUCCUCUACGCAACCUUCGAAAACAUGGGGCGGUGGUCAUAUGGCAUUCAUUUGUUGUCCCAAGUAGAUGACGACACCUACCCGCCCCACACAGCCAGAGAUGCAGAACAGGUGAAUUCGGCGGGGGUGGUCCCCCGACAACUUCCCAAUACCUUAUCAGCGUCCCCUUCGAGCUCCAGUGACGAAUGGGGAGACUCUACUCUACCAUACCGAAGAGUGGUCACACCCCCGACAUCAAGCAAAUGGCAUUCCCGCAUGCGCCGGGCAAAACACGCCCUUUGGACCUCCCUUUCAAAGAUCAACAAGUUCAUGACAGUUCCCAUGUAUGCCGCGCUGUCCGCUUUCAUUGUCGCGCUCAUCCCACCCCUGCAGUAUGUGCUGAAAGAGGAAGUUCCACCCGUGAGGGGAUUUUUGACCAGUACCGGUGCAUGUACGAUCCCUAUCACGUUGCUGACACUUGGUGCAUACUUCCACGAUGAGCCACCCUUAAAGAAAUUGCCAUCUUCUGGCGAGCUGUCGACCUCUCCUACGUUGACAUGUGAUGAUCGAGUUGCAGAUGGACCUCGAAUAUUCCAGAGCCAUACAGAAUCAAGCGACCGCUCGUGGCUUCACUCACAGGAAGAUGAAUAUCUCGAAGGAGGACACGAAUCUUUGUCACAGGUUGGGUGGGGGCCCGCCAUUGCUACUAGGUCCGCAGGGUUGUGGAAGAAUGCCUUGGGACAAAGGUUCGGGGGCAUCGGGAGGGAAACGCUAGGGAGAGAGAGACAGCCCGGCGAGUCAACUUCAGUCAUCGUGUCAUGCUUGGCACGGAUGGUCAUAACACCUUCGAUCCUUCUGCCUGCGAUGGCUGCAUUGUCAAGCUACAAUGCGCACGCUUUGUUCGAAGACCCUGUCUUCGUGUUGUCGAUCAUAUUGAUAACGUCCUCACCACCUGCUCUAGCGCUUGUUCAAAUGAUACAGGUGGCAUCGGGGGAGGCAUUCGAAAUUCUUCUCAGGCAAACAUUCUUUUGGGCAUAUUGCGUGCUUACCCCGCCUCUUACUUUGUUUUAUACCAAUUUAGAUUUGUCUCCUUCCGCUCAAAUCUAG